AUGGCAGACCUGCCCGAUGCUGCAAUGAUGGACGGCACAAUGGACGAUCUGUUUGGCGAGGCGCCGGUCGGCCUCGAUGGUAGCAUUGCCAUGCCUGCCGCGCCUCUCCCAGCAUCCUUGGUCUUGCGGAUCGCAGAAAUGCAGAGCCGCGGGUGUUGCACGAAGAUCGCAUGGUCCAAUACUGGAAGUAUCGCGCAAAUAUCGCCCGAUGGCACUCAAAUCACCUUUCGGACCAUGAUAAGACACAAAGAGACUGCCGCCUGGACCAUCAGUGAUGCCUCCAAUUAUCCUUUCAAGGCGCCUGAGGGUCGAAAGUUCGUGCACAUCCAGUUCAGUGGCAUCGGCCUGGAUCUCGUCGUAGUGGAUGAUGCCGGUCAUGUGCACCUGCCCUCGGUGUUUGGCGCCAUUGGCAGAAUGAGCACGACGCAGGGCGAGUUGGCCAGAGACGAUUCCAAGCACGAGCUCAAUGCAAUCGUCGGUCUUCAUUGGCUAGCAUUGUUCCCUGCAGAGUUCCGAGGUCCUUACAUCGAUGCAGCGCACAAGAAUGGUGAUCGAUGGGAUGCGACAAUCAAGUUGCGCGACCAACAAGGCCUUCGAGCUCAUCAUCCUGCAGAAGGAAGGCACGCCUUUCUUCACAUCAGUCGCUCUACUGAGCUCACUCUGUGCUAUCAGAAUGAGGGCCAAGGCUGGCAGUCAACCAGUGUAAUGCUGGACACACUUCGAACCUCUGACGGACUCGUCACACACGCUGCUCUUGGCGAAGAUAAUUCCGAUCUUCUUGCAGUCACCUACGAUAGUGCAUCCCGGCUGCGGCUGUACAGAGUAUCGAUCGUGUGGAAUGCUUCGCAGCAGAGUCGUGGACCUGGCGUCAAUAUUCUAAGGGUCGAACCAACACUUGACGUCCAUCACUUGACUGCAGUCAACAACGUCCGACCACAGCAGAUCGACGCGGCUAAGCUGACCCAUCUGCGAAUCAUACCUCAAGUAGCGGAAACUGCACAGCAAGUCCCGACACUUCCAAACAUCCUUGCCAUCUUCACCCAUGCUGCGUUCCCAGCGCAUGCAUCACCAGACCAAAGCUCUACAAGCGUCAUCGCUAGAUGGAGCGUAGAAACAUUUGCACCCACCUUACACGAGAGCUUCACCAAACUGAAGCCUGGAAGCAACACCAACCAGGUCCUCAACCAGAUUACCGUGCUCAAGAGGCAACCUGAUAUUCCCACCAAUGGCAAGGUCAUUCUCACAUUUGAAUCGCAGAUGUUUGAUACAAUUUUGGCCUUCGCGAAUAGCGAUGGCAGCCUGGACCUUCGAGAUCGUGUUACCAUGGAACCUCUGGGCCCAUUUGGGAGCACAGAUACGGUGUCCAACCUGCACCAGAGUGGCUUCGACCAUGUACCUGGCGAACACAACUUACACAUUGCCAUGUCUGGCGAUGGCAGUGGCCUCGUAUAUGUUCGAGUUGACAAGAAGGUUGAGGCUCAGUGCAUGAAGCUGACUCGCGGCUGGCACAUUGUGGAUGAUGGCAUUAGCGAUGACCGUCCCUAUAUUGAGGCCGCUGCAGUCUGCAUAGCGCGACAGUUCGCUUUCUUAUGCUACAAUAACAUCGCAAACGAUGAAACACUGGCACUUCUUCCACCAGAUGCUUCACCAGAACUACGCUCGCUGGUCGUGAAGAUGAUAUUCCGAAUGCUGAAUAGGAGUCCCGACAUAUCGAUGCAUGAAAAUGGCCGUCAGCAAAUGAUUGUGCUCAAAGAACCGCUUGUGCCGCGCUGCUUGAGUGCGCAACUCGCGCUUGGAACCAAUCCGAUGACUGGCGAACGAAACUUCGCGGCGCAAUACGCUCUCACCAUCUUGAACUUACGCCUUGCUGGAACAGCUCUUGCCUCCACUUGUGGACGUGCUGAUGUCAAACAAAUCUCGCCGGAGGCUGUCCACUUUGUCAGAGGCAUAGUCCGAUGGUGUAUGGACUUGAUAGUGUACAUCGUCAACACCAUCGUCACAAUCAAGCGAGAUGUCCAGGCUGGGUCAUCUGCGAAAGAAGUCAUCGAUAAACUUGCCUCCACCAGCGGCAAUCCUGCCCUGCAUGUCUUACUGUGCAGUUUUUCGCGUGCGCUGGUCCGCUUCCAGACCAUAUGGGUUGUCAAAUACCUCCAGUGUCUCCAACACGUUGUCCCUCGAACCCGUUCCGUCAUAGAGAGGCAAGAAAUGGAGGCCAUCUUCUCUUUAGCCGGUCAGCUACCAUUCAAACUACAGCAAUUCGAAGGCAUGGUCGCAGAACUCGACCAAGCAGUGAGACAAGCAUUAUUCACCAAAUCCAACGUAUCCUUGGAUCGGAGAGGCGAAUUGGAAAUCAACAUGAUGGUCGAUGGUACAAUCCCUCCAGAACUCGAGCCUGCCGUCAACAGCUUGCUCGAAAACACGAUCCCGAAGCUUACAGAGAACAUGGAUCUGGGCAAGUUGCAUUUCUAUGACACCAGCUUUUUGCAAUUGGCGAAUAGCAAGAGACCAAAGAAUGGCAGAAUCCUCGAUGUGCUGAGAAAGGUGCAAGUGCCACCAGACGCCGCACUCAGAGUAUGCCGAAGGUGCGGUGCAGAGAUGGAGGAUAUCGCUCCGGAAAAGCUGAGACAGGAGCCUUUUGCCGGAUGGUUUCAGCAUGCGCAGAGGCACUGUGUGUGUAUGAACUACUGGCUUGUGGUUUAA